AUGCUAGGUGGUGGGCGAAGCAGUAUGCUGGCGGCGGGUCGACUGGCGGUGAGAGCCGUUUUUUCUGCGGGAGCUGUUGAUUUUGCCUCGGCCACUUGCACAGAAACACCAUCAUCAUGCCAGGGUGCUCGACACUUCACAACGACAGCUUGUAAAGAACAAGCGACAGUGAAAGUUCAACACGAAACUCAAUCCGAAGUCCCAACUCCACUCGCAGGCGUUCAUGCGUCACAAUGCGGAUUUGCGAAAACAAUGAAAGGCGGUCCGAGCAAGGUGCUGGAACAAGGGAUUUACGGUGAAGAUGCGUGCUUCGUUUCUACACAUAAAAAUACCUGUGUUGUUGGAGUCGCUGAUGGAGUUGGCGGUUGGCGAAAAUACGGAAUUGAUCCAUCAAAGUUCUCCUCGAAAUUGAUGCGUGAAUGUGAAAAAGUUGUGGAAAAGGGAGAAUUUGAACCGUCGGAGCCGAAAAAGAUCCUCGAUAGGGCGUUUAUUGCAAUGAGUGAUCCACCGCGUCCAAUUGGCUCAUCAACAGCUUGUAUCCUCAUCGUUCAUCAGCACACACUUUAUAGUGCAAACUUGGGUGACUCGGGGUUUAUCGUUGUGCGCGGGGGAAAGGUCUUGGCAAGAAGCACCGAGCAAGUCCACUACUUCAACGCUCCAUUUCAACUUUCUUUACUACCAGAUGGAUACGAGGGAGCGUUUGGUGACACACCGGAUAAAGCGGAAGAAGCGACGAUUGAAUUGCAGAAAGGUGACAUAAUUGUACUCGCAACGGAUGGUCUUUGGGAUAAUGUGCCUGAACAGACAGUGAUUGAGCAACUCCGGCUGCUAAGUGGGCCUGCUGAGAUCUCGAAGGUUUGCAACAGUUUGGCUCUAACAGCAAGAAGGUUGGCUUUCGACUCACGUACGCAGUCUCCAUUCUCGAAAAAGGCGCUCGCUCAAGGCUACAACUAUCCCGGAGGAAAACCCGAUGAUAUCACUCUCGUCCUCUUGCUCAUUGUC